AUGGACCUUCUUCCAAUUAGAUCAAGAAACGAAGACGGAUCAGAAAGGCGAGAAAGACCAAGAAGUAGAACAAUAUACCAAAAGAAAUCAGAUGCUUUUGAUAAAAUAUUAGAAGAUAUACAAGACAGUGAUGAAGAGAUAGAAUUAGACUCAAUAAUAAGCCAAAAAGAAUUAAUGGAAUCUAGUGCAUCUAGUUCUAGUCCAUUUCAAAGAAUAACCGGAGAACAAUACACGGUAGACACCAGUACGGGAAAUGUACCUAGAAGAAGAGUUUUUAGAACAGCAGGAGAACCUAUAGACAAUAUAAAACCAUCAGGAAAAAGAAUGCCUAUAGAAGAACCUAUUAUUCUCCAAGAAGGAGGUAAUAAAGGAAAGAUACUAAAUAUAGCAGCUCAUGAUCCACAAAGAUGGAAUUCAGUAAUAGACCUUUGGAAAGGAAUAGUAGUAACGAUGAGACCAUCAAGUUCUCAGACAGCAGAUAAGGGAAAAGGCAUAGCCUUAACCCAAGACGCUUACAGACAAAAGAAGAAUAACAAGAGUCCUGCUGGGAAUAGUAGAAGUCAAAGAGGUGGAGUUUCUAAAUAUGGCGGUAGAGGGAACAUCAGUGAUGCAUGUGAUGGUGUUAUUGCCAUGGCUACUCUGACCAGCAUAACAUGUAAUACUAGUGUUGGUUUUCAAGGUGAUAGUAAUUGCGGUGGUGUUGGUGGUGAGGUUGGUCACAGUAGUGGUGGUUGUGGUGGUGGGGAUGGUCAUGGUGGUGGUGGGGGUGGAGGAUUUUGA